GAUUUUUUUUUUUAGUCAUUGGAUGGGGUUUCUUAAGGUUCUUUUGGAUAGGUUUGGGGUUUUUUGUCAGUAGAAAAAUUAACUAGACUUAAGGUUGAGAAGCAUUUAAAUACUUUUUGCUGUGAACCCAUCUUUUCAAGUCCACAGUCACUGGGAGGGAAAAGCUCCAUCCUAACAUGGUUACUAUCUGCCAUGCUAAAAUCUUAGAGUUGCAGGCAGAAUUAAGAGCAGUGACUGUUUCACUAUGGUUUUGUCAGAUGUAAAACUUAUUAUCUGAAUACCUUUAAUAUUUUGGAGUUUUGAAUGCCACUUGGGCUUUAAAAACAAACACAAAUCCCUUCUCUCCCUGCUCUGCUUGAUGCCUGCUUGGAAUAGCAGAGGUUUUUUAGUAGGAGCUGUGAUUGUAGUUCAGAGUCUGUGUGCAGAAAUCUUUCUGAGAACUCCUGCUUUGGAGCUGCCUAUGUUUAAAAAAUUCCUGACCUUCCCAUCUCACUGCUGCCUACGGAUUGCAGCAGCCAUGGAGACCUGAGCCACUGCUGCAGGCACUUGGGAAGAAGCAUGACCAAGAUGAACUGCAUCCUGCUGACCACCUGCAUUGUUUUGAUUGCUUUUUGUGGUUCUGGUUAUACCUUAAGAUGUUACCACUGUGACAACAGCCCGACCCUGUGCAGGACCAACAGCACCUGCUUAAUGAAUGAAGACACUUGCUUGCAGUUGAAAUUUGGUAAAUUGAGAACUUUUUCCUGCUGGAAGACAUCCCAGUGCAGUGUGAAUGAAAUUGCUGAUGCUUUCCAGUUGGAUAAUUUUGAAUUCUUCUGCUGCCAACAAGACCUGUGCAAUGAGAGUACAAUUACUGGGGUUAACAAAGCAGCCUUCAGUAUUGCUUCUGUAAUGGCCAUGUUAUGGAUGCUCAUGUAAUAAUCCUGAUUUGUUUGCUAUCCUUUCAAGAUAAAAUUACAUAAAACCAUUUAUCUCUUUUCUAUAUUGCAUAUUUUCACCUCCUGUCCAUAGGCAGAAACAUUCCCUUGUUAUUUUGUUUCCCAAGGUUCUCUGUUAAAUCACUGUCUCCAUUCAUGGGAAGGACAUGUGUGUUAUUACCAGUUACUGGGUGUUUUGAUCUGUCCCCCUGUUCAUAGGGAACAGCUCUUGUGAAAUGUUAUUUUGUGGAGAACCUGGACAAACUCCCGUGGGUAAUGUCAGGGAGAAGGAACAUUACAGCUUUUCUGCUGGAAACUGUCAUUUUUCCCCUGUCCUAUAAACUGUCAUUAUUUUUGGUUGGCGUUUCUGUGGGUUUUGAUUUGUUUGGCUUUGGAUCUUCCUUGUCACAAACCAAGCAGUGGAUUUGUUCUCAACACAAGAAGUGUUAGAUCAUAAGUGUACCUUGCUGCAGUCUUUGUGAUGAAUAUGGAAAUAUUCAGUUUCAAGUCAUGUAAACACUUUGUUCCCAUCACUGUACCUUUUUUUUUUCCUACAGGCCAAUGAUAUAACCUUGUCAAGUGCUGUUAUUUUGGGAGAAAACAUCUACAUUUCUUAAACCAAAAUACUGCUAUAAGCGAGAAACACCUUUUUUUAAAAAAAAAUAUAUAUAUAUUUCUGUGAGCAUGUAGACAACAUGUGAUAGCUUUUCUUUUGAUUUCCCUCAUACAUUAUCCAUGUUUAAGAUUUUAAUUGAGCAUGUGCUUUGCACUGAGUAUUUAUUGGUAUACUGAAAAUCGAUUAUAAAAUGCUAAGGAAUUGAAAAGAAAUGGCACAUGUUGAUUACUUCCCCUAAUUAACCUAGUUAGUUUUUGGGUUUUGUUGAAAACAGCAACGUGUAAACUUAACCCUUCAAGCUUCCAUCUAAGAGUAUUAAAAUCUUGCAGAACUUUCUUUCCAUAAAUGCCAAUGCACAGUAUAGGUGUGUAUUUAUAUAGCAUGAAUAAAACCUGCUCCAUCUGUAGGUGUGAGAGGUCAAAUACUGAAAUACUUACAUUGCUCUGCUCCGUGGUGGAGACAGACCUUGGGGACAUCUUUGGUACCUGGGGACAUCUUUGGUACCUGGGGACCCUCUCAGUCAGGUGGGAUGCCUGAUCCUCCUUUUUCUCCUUCUGGAGCUGUUGGUAGAUCCCUGCCAGAGUUGUGUCCAUUGCCAAUGGGAUAUCCUCUUGCUGAGGAUUGUGCUCUUGACAUCAGUGACACCAGUCAGUGGCACCAGUGACACCAGUUCACCAGUCACAACAAUCCCCAAUGUAUUCCACAAUGUACCUUUUGGUUGAGCUUAUUAUAGCUAUGAAAGUGUCCUGGGAUCUCUCCCAUCACUCGAAAUAUGGAAGUCAUCCUGUCUUUGAUUAAUAAAAAUGUCAAAAAAGAA